AUGUUCUUUCAGCAGAAAAUACAAAGGCAGAAAUCUUGGUUCCUUCAUCCUCUUUCUGCUUCCUCUUCAUCAAUCUCUCCUCGAGAGCGGAAUGGAUCUAGAGAUGGUUGGGGGGAGCUUGUAAAUUACUGGGAUCUGGACGGUGGACUCGAUUUCACAGAUGAUUUACUGAUGGACUCGGAAAAGUUGGGUUUUUUGGAGAAUGAGUUGAUUCAGGUGAAUGUGAGUUUCAUGGGCAAAUGCCCCAUGGUAGUGGAGGAAAAUUUGAGAUCUUUCGGGUUCGGGAAGGUGCCAAGUUCUAAGGAGAGGAUUAUCAGAUGGGUGUGGCUCACCGCCUGA